UCUUUCAUUCUCCUACCAUAGUGCUCUCAAAUCUCAACCAUGUCUCGUCUCCAACAUGGGUUCUCCAGAAACUAUGACUAUUCAUCGGAUUCCAGCAUCAGGGCUCCAAGAACAGCUCAAAACUAUGAGAAUUAUGGGUUUUUAGAAGGUAGUGGAAUUGAAUUUAGAGCAAGAUCAGAAGGAGAAGAAUCCGGACCUCCAUCACCAACACUAUGGAAGACAAGCCCAGCUAGAAUUAAUGAACCAGAGACUUCACUUCUGCACCACAGCUCCCUUUCUCCAGCAUCUCGGACCCAUGCGAUUGCCAGAAGCCGAAAGGAGCUCAUGGAGAUGAUUAGAAACAUGCCGGAAACUUCGUAUGAGCUCUCCUUGCAGGACCUUGUGGAAAAGCCAUAUGUUCAGGCUAGUGCAGAUACGAACAGUAAUGAUAUAAAGAGUGAGAAAGCAAAGAGGAAAAAGAGGCAGGAAAGAAAUAAGGGUCGGAUUGGUAGAAGUGUAAGUAUGGAAACUGAACCUGUCCUGCUUAAGAUGUUCUUCCCACUUUCUCUGGGGACGAUAAAGAAGAGCUUUUCAAUGGAUACAGGUUCUAAAAUCUCACAAAAGUCUUCAUCUUUGGAGGCACAAGAGAAAGGUGUUGAUAAGGAGUGGUGGAAGAAAAGGUAUUCAGUUGCAGGGGACAGUGAUAGUGGUGUAACAAGCAGCAAUAACAGUGGAAGCACUGGAAGCAGUGGAAGCAGCAGUAUUGGAAGCAGAAAUAGCAGCAGAAGAAGAAGGAGGGCUUCUCUGCAUUGUAGGAAAAUUGGUGGCUUAGCUGAUUGCUGGUCCUGCUUCCAAACCAUGGACAAAACCUUGUGACCCAAAGGCUCUCUCAUUUGAAUGGGGAAACCAUAUAUAAGUAUUUUUUUGUCAUUAUCUCUCUAAUAGUACUUCAAAUAGAAGAACAGAGGUCCUUGCUUCAACAGAAUUUCAGUGGGUUUUCUAUAAUCACCUUGCCUCCUUUUCACUGUCUUGUAAGAGAAGUGGUUUGACCAUUACAGAUGAUCUUGAUUUGUAUGGUUGAGUUAUGGGUUAGCCUGCACUCUCAAGAAAAUGGAGAAACAUAAUUGAGGAGCAUGAAGCCUGAGAUUGCUUUUGAACAAUUAAUGGUGCUUUUUGUUCAUUUAAGUUCCAGCCAUAUCAGAACAUUGCAGAUGCUAUUCCCUGCAAGAAGCCAAGACUCAAAAAUUGCAAAUUGCCAGGAGAGAUGAACUUCAAAAAGCAAGUAGGAGCAACAGGGCUUCCAGUUGAAGAAGACUCUCAAGAGCUAAUGGAAUGGAUUGAGUCACCCUGAUUUUCUAGCCGGCAAUAGCAUCUUUUCACAUUUUGGUUUUUUUUAAAUUGAGCCCAAUUAUGCUGAGUUUGUAAUAAUUAAGUACAUUUCCGUAAGAGAAAAUAUGGUUGGUCAUGCCUCAGAAAUUUCUCCAAAUCA